ACUGUCUUGACAAUCGUCGCGACGGCCUGUAAGCAGUGGGCGAGGCUUGAAUAAUUAACUAGUCACUGUUGUCUGCAGUGAUAUCAUAACACUGCAAUGAGGGCGCGCGCUCACAUGACCGCCACCCGUCCCCAUCCCUGGGAUAGACACAGAUGUUUGUAAAAUCAGCCCAGAUCAUAUGACGUCCUGUCUUGUGUAGGUGUAACUGGGGCAAAUGGUAGGCAAGGGGAAUAAAAGGAGGAGGAAGGAUGACAGCUGAUCCGCUCAUCCCUCUGCUACCACUGCCAGCCUCAUACUAAAGAAGAAGAAAAUGGCUCAGUCUGUAAGGAGGCCUGAGACUCUGGGAACCAUGGACCGCGAGCCCCAGAGGGACAAGACCAGGACCAGCUACUUUGGCAACGUCAAGACCAGGCUGGGUUCCAAGCUUCCUCCUGGCGUCUCUCAGCCUCCACAGUUCGCUAAGCGUCCCUGGGAGAAUCAGCCUCAGGCCCGUGUGAUGCAGGAGCCUGCGGCCAGCAGCCAGCGUCCGCUCCAGCCCACUGUGGGCCGGCCUCUCAACCACACCCCCCACAUCAGAAACCCCAAACUGCGGCAGUACUACCUGCAAGGGACUGCAUGGGACCUUAACAAUACUGCAGUGAAGCAAGAGCAUAUGAGCGGACCAUCAGGUGACAGCACAAGCAGCAGGGGUCUCCCUGGGGACACGGUGUUCAGCAUCUCGUCACAGUUCAACUGUAAAAAAUCCUCCUCAGCAGAAGAGGGAAAAAUGGACAAAUCUUCAAAUGUACCCUCUUCCUCUGCUACGCUCAUCACUAGAGAGCAGCUUGUCGUACCGGCGGGAAAAAACACUUCCACCGGUCAAGGAUCCUCUCAACCAGAACUGGACUCUGAUCCUAAACUGAAGCGGGAGGAAGAGGCUGAUCUGGUCUCUUUGGAAACACUCGCUGCUCUACCCCAGCCCCCCUCCCCAGAGGCUGAAUAUGACAAACUACUGGAUGUGGAGGCGGUGCCGAUGCCUGACGGACAGCUCUGCUUAUUGGCUCUGCCUCCAGAGUGUUGCCAGGCGGAGGGACCGGAGACCAUGAGGUACCUCAAACUGUUCUGCCGCCACAUCACAGACCGUAAGGGUGUGGUGUCAGGUAUCCUGCUGGUGACAGCUAAUAAAAUCUUCUUUGACCCGUGUAAGACACACGCUCUGGUGAAGGAACACGGCUGUGAGGAAUACCUUCUGUCCUGCUCUGUUGACAAUCUGGCAUCUGUCUCCUUUUUCUCGGACAUCUCUCAUGUUCACUUCAGUACGUCCCAGCAGAGGAGAAAAGGAAAGAAAAUGUUCCAGAAAUUGAAAACCACUAAAGUCCCAGCAGGCGGCUUCCCAAACCCAAAGGGGGAGUCUCUGGUGUCUUUGGCUCCAUCAGAUUUGUCCAGUCUGGCUCUGAGCCUGACCAAAGAGGUUUCUGGGGAGGAGGAGGCGGAGAGCAGAGACAUGAAGAAGGUGGAGGGGGAGCUUGAUAGCAGCCCUCCAGAGUUGCUGUGUGAGUCGUCUGAUGGAGGUCUGGGAGUGUCCGUCCUGAGCAGUACUGCCACCUUCUGCUGCGGAGCUCCAGAGGCAGCCAGUAAAGUGAGGACGGGGCUGCUGCUGAACAAUGAAACGGGCAAGACCUCUGUGAAGAGUCAGACUGCAGUGCCUCAGCGGUCCUCAGCAGGGAGUCCUGGGAGCCUGAUGUUCGUGCGGAUGCGGGUUCAGCCGUCUGCAGGAAAGAAGAACGGCGCCGGAGGCCUUCAGCUGGGCUCGACUAAAAAAAGGGAUGCUUGGCUUGCACUUUCACAAGAGAGCUCCGACGAGCUGCGCGCAUACCUGACUCACUCUCGACCAGACCUGUGCAUACUGGAGGGAGGGGAGGAAGAGGCGGACCGCGACGAAGAGGAGUUUGUACUCAUUGAGGACAGAGAGGAAGAAGAGGAGGAAGGGGACGAGGAAGAUGUGUUCCAGAGGCACCGCAGCUCAGGGGACGACUGGGAGAUGGUGUUGAUGGAGGAGAGCGGGGAAAAGCCAACCCUGGUCAUGGACAAGGAGCCCGACGGACUCAAUGAUAUUGUAGCGAGCAGCAACAUUUUAGAAGCUUCACAUGUCAAAGAGCUGUGUCAGGAGCUCCCCCCGAGGACAGUGGGCUACAGCUGGCACCUGACUUACAGUACGUCCCGUCAUGGCGCCAGCCUCAAGUCCCUCUACAGGAAACUCAGCAAACUGGACUCCCCUGUGCUGAUUGUCAUCAAGGAUGCUCUCGAUGAGAUAUUCGGGGCCUUCCUCUCUCACCCUCUGAGGCCGAGUGAGACGUUCUACGGCACAGGAGAAACUUUCCUUUUCAUGUUGCAUCCUCGCUUCAAGUGUUUUAGAUGGACUGGAGAGAACUCCUUCUUUAUUAAAGGAGACUUGGACUCCUUUGCUAUUGGGGGAGGCAGUGGUCACUUUGGUCUGUGGGUGGAUGAGAAUCUGUACCUGGGUCGCAGCAGCCCCUGCUACACUUUCAACAACUGCUGCCUCGCAGAAACCGACGACUUCCGAGUGAUGGAGCUGGAGGUGUGGACGUUCAGCUGAAGAGGCCAUUUCUCUUAGAUUUGCCACAUCUCCGCUGAUCAGCAUUCAUCACUGAGCAAAUAACCAAUACAGCCGCUCAUCCAUUUCAUGGUAGCAUCCAUGUAAAGAAAUCUACCACAAACUGCUGGAUUUAUCCCUGUGAAUAAGGGCUGUGGAUUUUAGCGAACUUAAUGAACUGAACAAAUCUUGAGCAGUGCGAUGGAGUGGGGGUUUCGUGGUGGACUCAUUCCUGAGGGUUUGGCAGCAAAGCUGUGAACUGUAGAGCUGAACUGGAUUCUCAGAGUCCUUGUUUUUGAAUGGAAUAGGUUACAAGUCUCAGAGACUGCACUCUGCUCUUAAUGUGAAUCACUUACUUUAUGAUAUACCAUAAUUUGAUCUUGUGAACAUAAUGGCUCAGCUGUAUUUGAAGCUAAAGCAUGUCCCUGCUUCCAUAUAACUGUGUUUAGUUAAUGCUGGAAGUUUUCCAAACACACUUAGAUUAGAUUUCCUUAUAAAAGACCAAACUGCACCGACAGAUCAUAAAUCUCACAAAUAAAGGCUCCCGUCAUCAGACAAUAAUCCUUUUUAUGGGUUUUUAUCAAUUAGAAAUUGAUAAAUAAUCAAUAAUAUUGGAAAUAAUCUUCAGCAAACACUUUGCGCUCCACUUCGAGAAAAGCUUCUUGAUUCUUGAUUGAUUCAAUGGAGGACUAUACACUGUGCUUUCUGUGUGUGACAGAAAAAGCUUUGAAUUAAUGCAAUUUUGUCUAAAUUCAACUGGUUACGUAAAAUGCUCCCUGAAUCUACUUUUCUUACAUUGUACGGUAUUGUAGAUUAGUUAAUAACAUAACAGCACAAUUGAACAUUUAAACUCUAUAAACAUUUGUAUGGUGUAUUGUUGAACUGUGCAGUUCAUGGUACUGCAGAUGUUGCCAAUAAGCACAAAAAUCAGUUUGUAGCAAAAAUGUUUUUAUUAUGUCAGGCUUUGAAAAAUGGCCCCGGUAGUGAUUUCCCCUUAAAGACUCCAAUCAUUCAGAUGUUUCACAUGGAGGGGAGCUUGUAUGACCUUGAGUGCAAUACUUUCACAAAGUCACAUUCCAGGUUAAUGUUACCACAUUUAUCAAAUUUCACUGCAACUAUAUAAACUAGUGUUCUUGA